GUGAUCAGUGGCAAUGCCUAUAAUGUACUAGGAGCCCGGUUGCAUCACAAGCAGAGCUGGAAAGCCAUCUUUGGUAGCUGCAGAGUGAAAAAAGCAGCCAGAUCUAGAAGCUUAGCAAGCUGUGUCUGACACAAAAGAAAGAAUGUCAGCCCCAAUCGCCACUCCAGGUGCUGCAGGGACUCAAGGCGGGACUGUCAAUCCCCCGACUAAUGUGACUAGCAACCGGAGGCUGCAGCAGACACAGGCCCAGGUCGAUGAGGUGGUGGACAUUAUGCGUGUGAACGUGGACAAGGUUCUGGAAAGAGACCAGAAGCUAUCGGAACUAGACAAUCGGGCAGAUGCAUUACAAGCCGGGGCUUCGCAGUUUGAAACUAGUGCGGCCAAACUGAAGAGAAAAUACUGGUGGAAAAAUUGCAAGAUGAUGAUCAUCCUGGGUAUAAUAUGUGCAAUCGUUCUUAUCAUAAUUAUAAUUUAUUUCUCCACCUGAAAAUCUUGGAGAUGUGAAAACAGCAUGGCUUGGUUUAUAUCCACCUCUUUUCUGAUGUUCUUUCAUUGGACUCUGCUUUUUCACUCCUGGUGUUUGGGGUCGGCCUGUAAUUAUCCGUAUGAAGUGUGUGGUGUGUUUAGUGUUACAUUGUUUUUGUAAGAACUUGUACCAGCUAAAUACUGCCAAGUAGUUCCGUGACCAUAUAUUACUGUCGAAUUACCGUGUCUUAAAAUGUGCCCACACUGACCUGCAGAAAACACACUUCAUGGUAAACGUUUUUAACUUUUCCAAGAAUCACCGAGUUUGCUGCUCUCUCUUUAGAAAGCACACAGCAGCUGAAAGCGUUUACAGCAAAAAAGUAUACUUUUGGGGUUGAUUUUCUUUUUUAAUUUUCAAAGAUCGAUUCAAAUUUGUAUGUUAGCUAAAAAUAACACUUACUUUUCUUUCAGAUAGCUUCUCCCCUGAAGCCCAGGCACACUCUGACUUCCUAUUUUCUUUCUGACCAGGUGGUCAGCUUGUGCUGGAAUAAAGGGCCUUCAGGCUGAUUAGGAUUCCACUGCCUUUUGGUUGCCUCUGGCCUCUGGCCCCUCCUCCCUCAGGACUACAUUUCAGUCCUGGGCUGUAUUAGCCUCUGUUCAUCCACUCUCCCCUCCCCAGCAUCACUGCAGACAUAACCAGGUCCAGCCACAGGUCUCCUGCCUGUGCAAGUCAAAAACCUCAACCUGGAGCAAAUGGACCUGUCAGUCAGUCAAUCGUGUUUAUCCAACACUUACUGUGUGUAGGCCACUGUACUAACCACUUGGGAGAGUACACUAUAAUAAUAAAACCAACACAUUCCCUGCUCACAGCGAGCUUACAGUCUAGAGAGGAAGACAGACAUUAAUACAAAUAUAUAAAAUUACAGAUAUAUAAGUGCUGUGGGGCUUGGAGGAGGGGAUGAAUAAAGGGACCACCCAAUUUAACCUUGACAGAGCUGUACACAUGGUCAAAAUGAUAUGUUUGCAGCUGACCUGAGAGCCACCAGAAUGAUUUUAUUUGAAUAGCCUCCACAAACAGAUUUUUUUUUAAAUGGAGUCUGGCUUUUUGAAACAGUGUCCUUCUGUAAUAACCACAAGGUCUAAGUUCCUACUGGCUGAUAUUGCAAGUCCAGUGUCUCUAAAAAUUGAUACUUCAUUUUUCUCUUGGCUACUAUACAUCCAUGAUUCAUUUGUAAGUAACUUCAGGGUAAAUCUAGUUCUAUAAUUCCAUAGCACAAACAUAGUUUAAACCAACUUUAGUAGUAGCAGAAUUUACAGUCAAGGGGUUAAAACUACUGGAGUUCUAUCUUAUUUGCACUCACAUAACUUCUUCUGAAAAGAAAGAAAAUAUAUCAUUUCCAGAGUUGGAAGUUUUGAUGUUUCUUCUAAGCAAAUCACAAUCUAUAUUCUUAAAGUUAAAAACAAAUCUACUCAGCUGCUUUUAGGCUACCUAAAACAUCGGGGAAAAAUCCUUUUAACCAGAGGACUUUUUUUUUUUUUGGUCCACCACUAAGAAGCAGUUCCUUUUUGAGGGCUGGCAUUUUUACUAGAGCACUUUGAGAUCUUUUUCAAGGUGUAAAUUAGUUGCACCUGCAUUUGGCUUCAUGUAGGAUAAAUGGCCAAUUUACACCUUGAAAUGAAUGGUCAUUGGUACCUUCUAUGUGCCUGCAAUUUAACUUAUUUAGAGCACAGUUCUCUCUCAUGAACCUUUUUAGGUCUCUAAGGUUCUGAAAGCACAAAUUUAACUGUGAAUAAAGGGAGAAGUGGGAGAGAGUCAUCCUUUGAAAUCCGCCCUAACUACACACCCCUUAUUGAAGAAUAGGUACUACCUAAAUUGGAAAGAAAAAAAAAAAUAGAAGACUCCAGUUCACAGAGGUCAGUUUCACAAAUGGAAAGUUUUUCCUUAAAAGGCAUUGGGAGGCACCCAGAUGAAGAAAUGCAAAGUGAAUUUCCAUUUUGAAUACUAACGUUUUUCAACCCAUUUUUACACAUUCCCAAGAGUUUUGAAUUAGACUUUGGUGGUUUUGUUUCUCUCCUUGUUCUUCCAUGAAGUGUUAUUUUUGUUCAUUAGCCUAAUAGCUUCUUCUAUUUGUUCUUUAAAAAAAAUUAUCCUGAAAUUCUAAGGAAACAAAUAAUAAAGUGAUGUUUGGGAGGUAAGCACUGAAAAGCAGAAAUGGACCUAUGGUUUUUAUAGCGGAGAUAUGUUGCUAUUUUCUUAAUGGUUGAGUGGAGUGAUGUACCUAUAACACACGUAACGAGAGAAACAAUUUUAUGAAAA